AUGCCGACAAACAAGGCUCCGGGGUAUGAUAAAGUUGGUAUGAAAGUUCUCAAGAUGUGUCUCCCUUCCAUCUUACCUGUAAUUACAGACAUGUUUAAUACAUCACUUUCAACUGCAUGUUUCCCGAAGGACUGGAAACAUGCUGAGGUAGUGGCGCAUCUAAAAGAGGGGGACCAUGAAGUAGCCGGUAAUAAUCGUCCCAUCUCUCUACUACCAGUAAUGUCAAAGGUUUUGGAAAGACUAGCACAUGACCAAUUUGUUGAUUAUCUAACAACCAACAACAUGCUCUCUGAUCACCAGAGUGGAAAUAAGAAAUGCCAUUCAACGGAAACGUUGGGAAUCCUGUUCACUAGUCAUCUUUACAGGGCUAUCGACGAGAAAAAGGUGACAGCCGUUCUUAUGUUGGACUUGAGCAAAGCGUUUGAUAGCAUUGACCAUCGGAGAUUGCUAGAUAAACUACGAAAGUUCAAUAUUCCUGAUCUAACCUUGGCUUGGUUUCAAAGCUACUUAACUGACAGAACACAAUGCGUACGUAUUCAAAACUCUCUUUCGGAUUCUUUACCAAUCAAACAUGGAGUUCCACAGGGGUCUAUCCUGGGACCCCUGUUGUUUAAUCUCUACAUAAACGACUUACCAUCAGUCUGCCAGACUUGCAACGUUGAAUCUUAUGUAGAUGAUUCAAAACUUUAUAUCUCAUUUUCGAAUAAGGAUGUAAAUGAAGGCCUUGAUAACCUUAGACACGAUUUGAAUCGAGUUGCUUCAUGGUGCUGUGAGAAUCAUCUUCUUAUAAAUCCUGGUAAGACAGAGUUCUGUGUGUUUGGCUCUAAUAGAAUGCUAGCGAAGACAAUUAUCCCGCCGAUAACGUUUCUAGGGAAGGAAUUACCUGUCGUUGAUUCGGUGAAGGACCUCGGAAUGAUAAUAGACAAACAUUUAUCAUUUAACGAUCACACAGACGCUUUAACAAGCGAUCUUAUGGGCAAGUUAGCAAUGAUUAGUAGAAUUCGUCACCUAUUUGACAAAUCUACACUUUUCAUUGUAAUUAACUCGCUUGUUUUUACAAAGUUAUUCUACUGCUCCUCGGUAUGGUCAG